AUGACCUCGGUAUCGCUUCCAGCAUCUGCACCGUUCCCAGUGACCGUGACGGCGAUUGCCUGUCGACCUGGCGAAAUCGUGUCUCGAUAUGCUGUUUUGCUCAAGUAUAGGUACUGGGAUUACCAGGAGGACCCCAAUUCGAAAGAAGAAAAUCCACCGAAAAUCCGUGUGGAGAGAAUCGGUCUGUUUGAGAGCCCUAUAGAGGGCGAAAUCACCCUGAUGGAUGUUCAUGUGGGCGAGGAAAUCACUCACAGCGGCAUUGAAGUGUGUUCGAUCCGUGAACCUUGCACCCAUGACGUGCAAUACGGUGGUUUGUGUGCUCUCUGUGGAAAAGCCGUGGAAGACGAGAAGGACUACACUGGCUACAAUUACGAAGAUAGGGCCACGAUAGCCAUGUCUCAUGAUAACACGGGGCUUCGUAUCAGUUAUGACGAGGCGACCAAGAUCGAACAUAACGCGACUGAACGGUUGGCUAAGGAGAAGAAGCUCAUUUUGGUGGUUGACCUUGACCAGACCGUGAUCCAUGCUACGGUGGACCCCACUGUGGGCGAAUGGCAAAAAGACCCCAGAAUCCUAACUACCCCUUUGUCAAGGACGUGCAGACCCACGAAAUGCUGGUACUACGUCAAGUUGCGGCCUGGACUCAAGGAGUUCUUGGCCAAUGUUGCUGAACGCUACGAGCUUCAUAUCUACACAAUGGCUACGAGAAACUACGCCUUAGCUAUCGCCUCCAUUAUCGAUCCCAAGGGCAUCUAUUUUGGCGACCGCAUUUUGAGUCGUGACGAGAGCGGCUCAUUAACGCAUAAAAACCUUAAACGACUUUUCCCUGUUGAUCAGCUGAUGGUGGUGAUUAUUGACGAUAGAGGCGAUGUAUGGCAAUGGGACCCUAACCUUAUCAAGGUUGUUCCGUACGAUUUCUUCGUUGGCAUUGGCGAUAUCAACUCCAGCUUUUUGCCAAAGAAAAAUGGGCAGCUUGUGGGUCCCACAAAAAACAGAAAGAGCCUUGCUCGACUCGAAGAGGCCAUGGGCGACGACAAGAAAGACAACAAACCAGCCGAAAUCGACGAUCGCCUCCAGAACUCAACACAAGACAGUGAAAUGGAUGACGGCAGUGACAGUGAACCUGGAAGCAGCCAGCCAAAAGAAGAAGAGGACCAACCAACAGAUGUUGGCAAAAAUGGUCUGGAAAGCUCGGCCACGCCGAACUCAAGAUCCUCAUCGCCAGACGAGACCGGCGACUCAGACUCGCACGAUUCAGAUUCGGAGAGCUCCUCACCAGUGGAUCGUCUAGUCGAAUUAGGCGGAGGUGAGAACAACAAAAAUUUGCUUCUCGAACAGCUGAUAUCACGUACACAAAACCUUGAACAACAACAACAUGACAGGCCAUUGGCGAAACUUCAACACAAAAUGGACAAAAUAGCACACGAUCAUGAGGACAACUCCGAGCCCGAUAAGGAAGAGGAGGAAGAACACAUUUUGUACGACGACGACGCCGAACUUAUCACCCUCGAAAAAGCAUUGGACUAUAUUCACGAGCAGUACUAUAAAGCAUUUGAUAGCUUUCAACAGAAUCAGGCACUCGGUCGCCCUGAUCUUACCACGAUAAUACCGCGGCUAAAACUUGACUGCUUGAAUGGAGUGGUUGUCUUACUUUCAGGCAUUCUACCGUUGGGUAUGAACAUGAACAACGCUGAUAUCGUCAUUUGGUGUCGCCAAUUCGGUAUGAAGGUUGUGAACGAAGUGUUACCAGAAAUAACUCACGUUGUUUGUCGUGACCCCAAUGCCUCAUACAUGAAGACCGGACUCACACUAAAAGUCCGAAUUGCUAAAAAAACCGUUCCCGGAGUUAAAGUGGUCAACCCAGAUUGGCUCUUUGCAUGCCUCAGCCUGUGGAAGCCUGUGGCUGAGAGUGACUACUUGAUAGAGCUUCCCGAGCAGGAUUGGUAUGUUUCAGAGAACGAUGUCACGAAAUACCAGACAGCAUUAGGGUCACAACAGGAAAGAGAUCAGGCUCGCAGCGCCGCAGCCGAUUCGAGACCACGCCAGGGCUCGUUAUCUUCGAUCGAUGACUACGAUUUCAACGAGGCUGACGCGGAAGUUGAUGAUUUCUUGGCUGGAAUCAGUGAUGAUGAUGAAGAAGGGGACGACUUCGAGGCUGAGGGGGACGAAAUUCUGGGCGGCAUGGAAGCAGCCAACAACGGCGGCAAUGGCGCAGGUAUGUCUUUCGUUAAGAGUCUCUAUUCGAAUAAGCGCAAGGCGCCAGAGGACAAUGACAGUGAUAACGAAGACGCAAGUGAUGACUAUAGUAACGGUGAUCACAAAAAACGCAAGACGGAAGAGGACGGUGACAACAUCGACGAGCUCGAGAAAGAGCUUUUGGAUGAACUCGAUAAUCUUGAUGAAUAG